AUGUCGAGGGAGCCCAACAAUCCUUUCACGGGGGCCUCAUCUGCCGAGAUCACAUUGAUAGGCAGUAUUGCGGCGUCUUUGAUGAAAUUGGGAGCACCAUACAUUGUUUCAUGGACCACAUAUUUCGACCCGAAAAUAGUCGUGUACGCAGGUGGCUUGCUAUAUGGUAUUGCCAGUGUGCUUGCAAGUUUUGGAAAUGCCUUGUGGCAUUUUCAAUUGACACAAGGUCUACUGAUAGGCAUUGCGACAUGUCUAUCUUUCAUGCCAUCUAUGGUAGUCCCACCUAGAUGGUUCGGGCGCCACAGGGCAUUUUGCAUGGGGAUUAUUUCUUCUGGGACAGGUAUCGGCGGUCUAGUGUGGUCUCCGGUCCUCACUGUCUGCAUCCAAGAAAUUGGCUUUCGAAACACUUUACGACUCACGGGCUGUAUAUGUACAAUCCUCGUUUGCAUAUCAGGCCAUGCCUUAGCCUGGGAACCACAAAUGGCUGCCUCCCUACAUGAAAGCAACCCCAAAGUUGAUUGGGCUACUGGAUUGUUGAAGGUCCCCCUGCCACCCCGACGACUUGUCUUGACACGCAAGUUUCUUGCGCAAAGCAUCAAUGCCUUUUUUCAGAGUGCUGCAUACUAUACUCCCAUCUUCUACAUCGCAGCGUUCUCUAAAACUCUCGGAUAUGACGAAACGGAUGGAGCCAAUUUUACAGCCCUCAGCAACGCAUGCAACGCUAUCGGAAAAGUUGGAGUUGGAUUUAUCGCUGAUAGAAUCGGACGACUAGACUCAUUCUUUUUCACGACGCUAUUGAGCUGUGUCUCUACAGGCGGCCUUUGGGUGUCAAGCACAGUUCUUGGACCUUCGAAUCUACAGAACAGCCGAGCACUGUUCGUUGCUUUCACCGUCGGAUAUGGCUUAUUCGCCAGUGCCUACAUCGGGCUCUUCUCACCUGCGCUAGUGGAGCUCUUUGGCAUAUCCGAUAUGCCUCAUGUCACGGGCAUCAUGUACAUGUUUCAGGGUGUAGCUGGGUUGAUUGGAACUCCUGUGGCCGGCCUUUUGGUUUUCGAAUUUCCGUUGAAAACGGGUAAAUUUGAAGGACCAGCGGCCCUGCCAAUCAACGUCUCAACAUUACAAAUUCGACCAAAUCGGCCUCUUCUCUUCAAAUGA